AUGCGUCUUCCGCCUGAAAUCAUUCAACUCAUUAUUGAGUCUAUCAUCCCUCCAGAUCCGCCGGUGGCGUAUCCCGACUUUUCAGGAGAAAUCGAUACCUUGGUCAAUCUGACAUUGGUCUCGCGAUUUACUUGCCAGAUCGCAAGACGACUUCUCAUUAAUCACUGUCUUCUGAUUGACGAUGAAUGGUUAUUGGGGCAUCUACUCGAAUGUGAGCCACCAGAACUUGUCAACCGAAGGCCAAAUGAUACGGGGGCACAAGUACAGAAAAGUACUGCAGCUGGCCUUGUACUGGUUUUGGAAGAGCCCGAUAGGCUCCCGGUUGCGCGAGAUAUCGAAACGCUCUCGUUUCACCUUUGUCACCGCUUGACCAGGCUGGUGAUUGAUUUACCCCUGCGCUUCUAUAACCCGUCAGUCCCCGAGUUGGAGGUGCGCCCCAUGCUACGCGAGGCGUUCAAGCGCUUGACACUACUAGAGGAAUUCUGUUCAGCUGCAGACGACCUUUGCCUUGAUACGCAAAAGCUACCCUACAUUUGGGAGACCCCUUCCGACCAGCUGGAGGAGGCGGAUUAUGAACCAGCGGUGUGGUCACUAUGGCCUCGUCUGCGCCGUCUUGCCCUGUGCGAAGUUGAUGUUACAUCCAUGCAAUUCAUUGGGGGGCUCCGCCGGUGUUCGAAUUUGACACACCUGGUCCUUGUUGCACCUUCUGGCUUGGAUCGCGAUGUUCGGUCUGGCUGGCAGUCAACUGACUUCUUGCCCUCACUCGAACGGCUCCUGAUUGCAGAUUCAGCCGAUGAGUUUGAGAUGGUUAAUGGCAAGGACCAUCUCGGGGAUGAUAAAGGCUUUGUACGGCAACUUUUUCACUGCUACAAAUCACGAGAGUCGGGAAAGCAGAGAUCCAAUUCCAAGGAUGAGGAAAGUGUUGAGUUCGACUCGCUCGUCAAGAAAAUAGCUUUUCCCGUGCCAAACUAUCGUAAGGGAGAUGACGAUAUCAUAUGCCACGGAUGGCUCCUCGAUGCCAGCAUAGACGGAACUAUCUGGACUGAACCAUAUGGGAACCAAACCAUGGUGGCUGAGGCGCGAUGUGGCCAAUCGGCCUCGGGUCUGCGGGGGAAUGCCGCCGGGGUUUCCAAUCCUUCGGCUCACCUCCACCUCCACUUCCGCCUCACUAAUCCGCACUGGCUCGGUAACCUGCGGGAUUCCUCCACUUUGCUUAUUGCUGACUCGGGAGGGGCAUCUCCCUCGGAGCCCUUCUCAGCUCCGCUCCUGGACUUUUCUCGUUCCUUUUUCUCCUCUCAGGAGAUCAAUGGUCCUGAUCCCGCCGGUGUGGAUGAUUCCCGCUCCAAGCUCAGUUGCAAGCGGCCAUCGAAUACUCCGACCCCGCAUGGUUCCGGUCAUUUCUGCCUAGUCCUAGUGGGCUACAACUAUGCAGGCCUCUACCGACAACCGAGCCAUGGACGGACUACCCAUAGCUCACAGAAGCCUUUCAGAUGUGGAUUCUGCGGCUCUCAUUACAAACGAGGAGAUGUCUUGCGGCGACACUGGAAGUCUUGUUCUGCCCGUAUACAUGCCGGUCAGGCCAUCCCAGGACCUCGCAUAGGCGGCAAAGAACGGCAUGCAUGUGAUGUCUGCGCUAGGCUAAAGAAAUCCUGUGAUGGGGGGCAGCCAUGCUUAGAAUGCGCCACGCGGAGGAAGGAAUGCACUUAUUUGCGACUGCAGGAUAGCGGGGGGGCUCCGCGCAACCAGCACACCCCUUCGCCGACUUUCAUCCAAUCGCAGCCCGAGCCCAUAAACUCAAUACCCGAUUUGGCGCUUCCCACAUGGGAUCUAGGGCUCCAGCCAUACUAUCCAAACCUUCAGACUCGUCUGAAGGCUCGCGCACGACGCGAUGGCGUCCAAACAGAGGGAUGA